AUGUGUUGUUGCACCACCAAUUUAGUUGUUUUGCCUCCUGUUUUUCCCCUUAGGAAGGUUUUGGAUAACCAAUCCACUUAUCGUUGCACAAGGAUAACGUGGAUGAAGUGUCUGGCGUUAAUCAAACCGCUUUGGAUGCGCCAACGCUUUUACUUCAAUUCAGAAUUGUGUGAGGAGGAUGAAAGCACUGGUCAGCACUAG